AUGGCGCCAGCUGUACAUGUAGAGAAUGACCGGAGGGGCGGCGGUGACAGCACGCGCACGAUCCUCGGCUGGUCUGCAGACGAGACCGUUGCUGCCAUUCGCGAGAAGCGCAUCAGCGCGCGCCGCUACAUCACCACCGUCCUCGAGCAGGCCAAGCGCGGCGCCUCGCUCAACGCCUUUGUGACGCUGCUCCGCGACCAGGCCCUCGAGGCCGCCGACAAGGUCGACGCGGCCAUUGCCAGCGGCGCCGCGCUGCCGCCGCUCGCCGGCCUCGCCAUUGUCGCCAAGGACAACAUCAACCUGGCGCACCUCCCGACCACGGGCGGCACCCCGGCGCUGCAAUACGCCCGCCCCAACAACACGGCGCCGAGCCUGCGCAAGCUCAUCACCGCCGGCGCCAUUGUCAUUGGCAAGGCCAACAUGCACGAGCUCGCCUUUGGCGUCACCAGCACCAACUUUGCCUCGUUUGCCCAGCCCGUGCACAACCCCUACGCCUUCAACAUGAUCCCUGGCGGCUCCUCCGGCGGCACCGCGGCCGCCAUUUCCUCCCGUGUGGUCCCCUGCGGCCUGGGCACGGACACGGGCGGCUCUGCCCGCAUCCCGGCCGCCCUCACCGGCAUAGUCGGCUUCCGCCCCUCGCUGGGCGACGGCGGCCCGGAGCGCCGCUACGAGGACGACCACGCCGUCGUCCCCAUCAGCCACACCCGCGACACGGUCGGCGCCCUGGGCCGUUCCGUCGCCGACGUGACGCUCCUCGACUCCAUCAUUGCCGGCCAAGCCCGCCCCGGAGCGGCUAACCUCGCCGGCGUGCGCUUUGGCGUGCCGCCCGUACUAUGGAGCGGACUCGACAAGGAUCUGGAGCAAGUCGUCUUAAAGGCGCGCCAGCUGCUCGAAAAGGCCGGUGCCGUGCUAGUCGACACCGACAUUCCCAAUCUCAUCACCCUCGACAACAAAAUCUCUCUCCCUCUUGCCCUCCACGAGCCCCGAAUGGACAUUCCUGCCUACCUGAGCGCCUCUGGCUACACCAACAUUACCAUUGACGACAUUGCCCGGGGCAUAGCCAGCCCCGACGUCCAGCAGCUGUUCCAGUCGGUGACGGACGACACCUACGGCGGGGUCUACAAAGAAGUCAUCACCGUGCACCGCCCGGCCCUGAAGCGCAUGUACGCAGAUUACUUUCUCAGGGCCAACGUGUCCGCCAUUCUCUUCCCCACGACGCCCCUGCCCGCCACGCCCAUCGACUACGUCCACGGCUCCGGCAACGUCUCCAUCAACGGCGGCCCGCCGCAGAACACCUUUGGCACCUACAUCAGCUUCACCUCGCCCGGCAGCGACGCCGGCAUCCCCGGCCUGAGCAUCCCGGCCGGCCUGACGCGCGACGGCCUGCCCGUGGGCAUCGAGAUUGACGGGCCGCUCGGCAGCGAUCGCCGGCUGCUGGCUCUCGGCCUGGCCAUGGAGAAGAUCCUGGGUCGUCUGCCGCCCCCCAAAAAGUUUGCCCGUCUUUGA